AUGCGCAUCGGCGUUCUCAAAGGCAAUGGCAUCGGUCCAGAGAUCAUGCGUGCCUCACAGCGUGUCCUCGAGGCCACCGGCAUUCCCAUUGAAUGGGAAAACAUCUUGAUUGCCGAUGAGGCCAUCGAGAAACACGGGCACCCCAUACCACCAGAGACGGUGGCUCAGCUCCGAUCGGUCGGCGUAACGCUCAAAGCCCCGAUCAUUACCCACAAGCUCGUGGGGCGCAUUACCUGUCUUCAGCCUGACGGAACUUCGGCGACCUAUCCAUCACUGAACAAUGCGAUCAGGCGGGAGCUGGGUCUCUUCGUAAACCCACGACCUGUAAAGGGAUAUGCAGGCAUCUCUGGCCGUUACGAGGAUCUCGAUUGCAUAAUCAUGAGAGAGGUCACCGAGGAUCUCUACUCUGGUAUCGAGCACAAGAUUGGGGACGACAUCGCCGCCGAGGCAAUCAAGCUCACCACACGUGCAGCAGCUACGCGGGUUGCGCGAUACUCAUUCGAGUAUGCCCGCAAGUACGGUCGUAAGAGAGUGACUUGCCUGCACAAGGCUAAUGUGCUCAACUACACCGAUGGCCUGUUCCUUCGCUGCUUUCGGGAGGUUAGCAAAGACUACAAGGAUAUUGAAACCGAGGAGCUUAUGAUCGACGCUGCCUGCUACCUCAUCGUCAAAGACCCGAAAAGGUUCGACGUUGUUCUGGCGGCCAACCAAUACGGUGACAUCUUUUCAGAUUUGGCUGCGGGGCUCGUCGGUUCUUUGGGAUUGGCACCAGGCAUGAACGUCAGCGACGAUCUCGCUGUCUUUGAGGCGUCUCAUGGUGCAGCUCCAGACAUUGCUGGCAGGGGUAUUGCCAAUCCGCUGGCCUUGGUUCUGAGUGGCGCUCUACUUCUGGAGUCCAUGGAUCGCCGGAAGGAGGCAAAUGCAGUUAGAGAAGCUGUGCGUAUUGUGGUAGAAGAGCAGAAAUAUCUGACUCCUGAUUUGGGAGGUUCGGGAACGACCGACUCCUUGACUGAUGCUGUGGUAAGAGAGGUCAAGAGAAUCAUGACAUGCGAAUAA